CUGUAAAUGAACGCUCAGGUUAGCAGCAGUGAGCUCCCGACAUCCUUGUCUUUGCUGCUUUUGUCUUCUCUGAAGCUUGCCGAAAAUGUCAGUUGCCAGCCAGGACACUUAUGAUCAGGGAGAGCUUGAAGAAGAAAUCAUUCUAACACUGGUCCCAGCCACGGAAGAUCUCACCUUAGAAGGCCCUAUAGCAGAAUCUUUAACCACAGAGCUCAAGCCAGAAGCUUCUUGGGACACCAACCCCUCGGUGUCCCGAAAGCCCGACCCGUCCCUGCCAGACGUCCUGCCUCCUAUUCAUGAGGUGUCCCGGAACACACUUCGGGAAUGGUGCCGCUGUUACCAGUUGAGUACGGAUGGCAAGAAAGUGGAAGUCUACAAGAGACUCCAACAAUGUUCAUAUUCUGAACAAAUAUGCCAUAUUCCCCAAACAUCUCGUGAGGCCAGACUGAAGCCCAUUGCGAAAAAAACCAACAAAGCAGUCAUCGAAGGACCCAGACCUCGAGGUUUGAAGAGGAAGAGAGAGGAGGACGAGUCCGGCGAAAAAGUUCCGACUUCAGAAAGGGAGUCCGGCAUAGUAGAAGUUCUGACUUCAGAAAGGGAGUCCGUUUUUGCAGCCUGGGGAAGAAUUACCAUGCGAGCUUCUCAGCCUAAAGCUGAGAAUCGCCAGCCUCUUCCCUCUAAAGCCAAAGCAUUUCUGCCCCCAGUCACCGGGUACAGGUGGUGUGUCGUCCACGGCAGGCAGCUCCCUGCCGAUAAGGAAGGCUGGGUUUGCCUGCAGAUGCACGCCGGUCAGACCUGGGUUCCAGACAGUUCCCAAAGGAUGAUACCUCUCUUCAUUUUACCAGCCUGUGUGUUCCCAUCCCCUGGAGUGGAAGAUAAUUUGCUCUGCCCUGAAUGUGCCCACAGGUAA